AUGCUGAUAUUUCUCUCCCCAGCUGGACUGGCGCAAGAGUGGAAAAUCCACACUCCGGGUAAGGUGACAACUCAGGAAGGUUCCUGUGCUCAGAUUCCAUGUAAUUAUAGUUGUUCUUCACAUCUGACAAACCAGCCGCGAGUCGGAGUUUGGCAUUAUCAAACAGGAGUUAAAAGAUGGUCAGUAGCCUUUCACUCUGAGGGUCUUAGUAAUGAGUCGCCACAGUUCCGCAAUCGGACCCGGCUGUCUGGAGACCUGCAAGAUGGAGACUGUUCCCUGAUUAUAAACAACAUCACACGGGAAGAUGCAGGACGUUAUUAUUUCAAAAUAACAUUUGUCAACAAAAAAAAAUAUAAAUCCAAACCUACAACCCAGCUUCAAGUUUCUGCUGAACCAUCACCAGAGUGGAAAGGCGACUCUCCUCGAGAGGUGACAGUGCAGGAAGGCUCCUGUGCACAGAUUCCAUGUCGUUACAAUUAUCCAUCAUGUCUGGACAAUCAACCACGAGGUGGAGUUUGGUUGAAAUUUGAGAACGAGAAGCUCUUGUCCGGCAUAGCCUUUCACUCCAAGGGUCACAAUCAUGAAUCACAAAGGUUCCGCUAUCGGACCCGGCUGUCUGGAAACCUGAAAGAUGGCGACUGCUCCCUGAUUAUAAACAACAUCAGACGGGAAGAUGCAGGGCGUUAUUUUUUUAAAAUAGAAUUUGACAACGGACCUAGUCAUAACUAUUACCCUGUAACCUGGCUUCGUGUUUCUGAUUUCACAGACAAACCAAUGAUAUUCCCUGUGGAAAUUAUCGCAGGAAAGCAUGUGAGCCUAAGGUGCACCUUCAACACAACGUGCAAUGGAAUGCCACCUGUCUUAACCUGGGACACUCCCACUGCCGUACGUGGAACAGUUUCAAACGCUAUUACUCAGCAUGGUAUCACUCUGACCUACACUUCUGUUCUGAGCCUGACACCAUGGCCGAGACACCAUGGACAAACUCUCACCUGCAGAGUAGGUUAUCCACAUGCGUCAUCAGAGCAGACCCUUGUACUAAAAGUGCAAUACACACCAGAGAAUCUUGCAAUUACUUCCCUUGAUGGGUCAAAAGUUUCAUCAAUCAAUAUAAUUGAGGGAGAGUCUGCAGUGAUAAUCUGCUCUGUCGAGAGCUUCCCAGCUUCUAAUCUGAUGUGGAGACACCUUAAUGUCACAAUCAACAGAACAAGUUCCAACAAUGAACUGUGGUUGGUGAUUUCUCACUUUACAUCCAAGGACACUGGAGUCUAUCAGUGUGUGGCAGAGAAUGAGCAUGGAGCAGUGAUGGGCUCCAUAACCAUCACUGUGCAACACGCACCAGAGAAUCUUGCAAUUACUUCUCUUGAUGGGUUUAAAGAUUCAUCAAUCAAUAUAAUUGAGGGAGAGUCUGCAGUGAUAAUCUGCUCUGUCGAGAGCUUCCCAGCUUCUAACCUAACAUGGAGACAUUUUAAUGUCACAAUCAACAGAAUAAGUUCCAACAACGAACUGUGGUUGGAGAUUCCUCAUGUUACGUACAGGGAGACUGGAGACUAUCAGUGUGUGGCAGAGAAUGAACAUGGAGCAGUGGAGAGGUCCAUAACCAUCACUGUGCAAUAUCCCCCACGGGAGACCACAGUGUCCAUCGGUGGAGCCUCAGGUGGGAUCAGAGAGGGACACAAUGUCACAUUAACCUGCUCCAGUGAGAGUGUCCCACCGAUAUCUCAUUACACCUGGUUCAGGAUCAAGGGAAACACCAGCACCCAGAUAAACACAAGCAGCCAGAUUCUCUCCUUCACUCCCGUGACACGGGGAAAUGAUGCGGGUUUCUACUGCAUAGUGACAAACCCACUGGGUAACAGCAUCUCCAGCGCGACCCACCUGAAUGUGGAAUAUGAGCCAGAAAUUUCCCGGGAGUCGAAAUGUGCUCAGAGGACAGAGGGGAUCACCUGCGUCUGUGUGGUCAAUUCCAACCCUCCUGGAGACGUCACCUGGCACCUGCCCCAUGCCAACCUCAGCGGUAACCAAACACAGGGAGGUUUUGUGUCGCGGCAGCUCAGAGAGGGGCAUCUUGUGACAGGCUCCCUGAUCCUGACAGGACUCCAGGAUGAAGAGGAAGUGACGGUAUCCUGCUCAGUUCGAAACCCACAUGGGACAGCCAUGUUCAAGGCCUAUCAGGUCAAAGGUAGAGAUUACAAUAAAUGGACAUUGGGAUUGAUCGUGGCUGGAAGUGUGUUAAUUGUUUUCCUGGCUGGAAUCUUAAUCUUUCUCUGUGCGCGAAAGAGAAAAACAGCAACUGAAGUGACAGCUUCAAAGACCAAUGAUGUUGUAGUGACCUACAGUCGAAUCGCUGUGAAGCGCAAGGGUUCCCAAAACAUGGUAGUUACUGACUCUCAGAACACAGCCAGGGGCACAACUAGAGACUGGGGGACACCAGUUCCCUGGGAUGAGGGCCCAAUGGGAGGAGAUGCUGCACAACCCGAGAGAACUGAGGACCUUGUCUAUGCCAACACCACCUUCUCAAAGCUGCCUCGCCAUGACAGGGCUGUGCACAGGGGCAUGGAUAUAGAAUACGCGGAGGUCAGAUUCCAGUCAAACUGAGAGAGAAACAGGGAGAGGGGUGUGAGGGGCUUGUGCAGCCAUUAUGGUUAAAUAAUUAUGAAAAGAAAAUGAUGUUGGUUAACUUUGUUCUGAGAUCUGAACAAGCCCUUUCAAUAAUGCACCUUCUAAACACUGAGAAACUGCUCAAAGUCUUUGGCUUCUGUACACAUGAUUAAACUGCUGAGACACUUCUGUGCA